AUGAGUGACUCCGUAGAUCAUCUUGCCGACCUUUAUAUUCGAGAUAUAGUCCGACUUCAUGGGGUUCCAGUGACUAUUGUCUCGGAUAGAGAUCCACGUUUUACGGCUCAGUUAUGGUUUGGGAAGAGGGGGAAGUUGUCUCCGCGCUUUAUUGGGCCUUUUGAGAUUUUGGGGCGUAUUAAGGAAGUGACAUAUCGGUUAGCUUUGCCGCCACCACUAUCUGGAGUUCACGAUGUUUUUCAUAUUUCUAUACUUCGGAAAUACGAGCCUGAUCCAUCACACGUGUUAGAUUGGACUAAGUUAGAGGUGGACGAGAAUGUCUCUUAUGAGGAGAGACUAGUGAGGAUCUUAGACACUCGCGAUCAGGUCUUGCGUGGCAAGACAAUUCCCUUGGUGAAAGUGUUAUGGAGACACCACGGGGUUGAUGAGGUGACUUGGGAAUGUGAGGUUGAAGUCCGUGAGAAAUAUCCAGACCUUCUUAUCGAUGUUUGA